CUACCAAUAUGCACCUACCUAUGCAACAGAUGGUUGAUUGUGGUUGUUGCUCUGCUGCCAUGGAUGUCUGGGAUUGACCUGUAUGUGUUUGUGCUUCCCAGAAUGAGUUCAAGCCCAAGAACAUCAAGAAGAAGAAGAAGAAGGUGAGUAUUAUCAUGUCUGUGGACGAAAACAGAAGGUAAGUGGGGCGGGGGUCUCAACGAUAGGAGAUGGAUUGGGGCGUGUGGCUAUGUGGGGUUUAUUUCGGAUAAUCUCUGAAGAGGGGUUUGUAUGAACGCUGUCUGUUGGUGAUAAGUGUGUGUCGGGAUGGGAUGGGGAUGUUUUGGUGUCUACAGGGAUGUCAGCAACAGCAACAGCACUUGACUGUAUCGUGCUGCCAGGGAGCUAGCAUGUUGCACUUCUUUAGGCUGUGUUACGUAGGACUGACACACACACAGUGAUACGGCUGCUUCUUGCCAACAGGAAACUGUGAUAUGAUAAUGACAUGUAUUGAGGUCAGCUGGCCCCGUCCCUUACAAGAAGGAGCAGGAUGAUUCCCACAGCAGCAACAUUAUCCAGGUCACCAACCAAAAUCUGGGAGGGGCCUAAAAUACUGUAAUUCAACCAAAUGACUAUCAACUCACUGUAACUUAUUGUAGGUCUAUUUAUAGAGGAACUUAUUCAGUUGUUUAGUGUUAACAUUUUUUUUAUAAGACAUUGGCCUAUAACACAGAGUUGGAAGCAGACGUUCAGCAAUGACUCUACUAUAGACUUCUAGUGUAACAAAGAUGGUUCUGUACAUAUUUAAAAACCUAGAUGUAUUGAGUUUCAGUGGGUUUUUAGAAUGGCUUUACUUUUCCGCAGUGCAAAUGUCAGUGUUCCAUUAGGCCUUGUGGUUUCCUGUGUCCUGAUUCUGGCAUUGGACAGAAUAAUCCUCAUAGUAUCCUCAUCCUCAUAUUCAAUCUCAAUUCCACAUGAUAUGGAAUUAAAUGCAACUGUGGAUUGAUUAUGUCACAAUCAAUAGAAGAGUCUUUGGUUGCUACGGCGUUGUUAACCUAGAUGAACUGUUAGUCAUGCAGUCGUGAUUAUGACUCAAUAUGUCAGAACACUGAGAAACACCACUGCUGUUUUGUCCAUAGAAAUAGAAUCAUGUUCUAGUUCUCUGGUUCCGUCAUUCAGGCACAAGACAGAAAGUUGCCUGAAGGCUGUGGAUCAUUGUAUUGUUGACCCAGACGGAGUGUACUUCACAAGGAUUGUCUUUUUCUGAGAAAGCUAACCAUGGAUAACUCUCCUGAAGUGAACCAGGAGCAGGGAGACAUACCAAUGAUCCCAUUGGUCCAUGAGCCCAUGUCAGGGUAAGGGUUUUCUACAUAACACAAUGUAACAUCUGCACAUGGGUGCAAUCCUAAUGAAAUGAGAAUUGGGUGAGAAAGAAUCCUAAAGAUGGUCCAAUGGACAUGGUGAGGUCUCUUUAUCUCAAAGUCAUGUUUAACUUCCUGAUGACCGCUAGGGAUGAGAUGCAGAGAGCCCAGAAUCAGGUGAACAACUUGCAGCAGUCAAUGAACCACAUGCAUGAGCAGCUGAAUUCCAUGCGGAGGCAGUUUACUGAGUUGCAGAGUGCCCUCUCUCAGGUAGUAGAUUAGUCUCCGCAAGAGUAGAAUGAGUCAUGUGUAGUCAUGAUGUUAUGAAGAUUGAUGAUGAUGUCUGGGAUUGUGAUGAUGUUGAUGAUGAUGACUGGAAUGGUAAUGGUAAUUAUGUCUUUGUAACUCCUAUAAUCCACCUGUACUGGAUAGCUCCUUGAUGACAACAUGCCUAUGGCACCUAAAGCGGAGGGGAUCCAACUGAAGAACGUCACCCCUGCACAGUGGGACAGAAUCCUCCCGAUAGGAAUCAUCCAGAGGGAGGAUCCCAACAAGAACCAAUCAUUCCAACAAGGCGUCAUCCCAAUCAAAAACAAUGGAAUGGAACAGAUGGAAUAUCAUGGACCACCUCCACCUCCCAUCAUCCCCAUGGUGGGAUCCUGGGACGCUGGAGUGAAUGCUCCACGUUGUGGAGAUUUCUAUGCCAGGAGAAAAGAUAUCCGGAGUAGAUAUGUGGCGGAUCCUGCUUUAAUGACCAUCACCAAGCCAGAACACUUCGAGGCCAACCCUCAGAGCCAGGCUGGCAGUUGGCCGGUGGCUAAACCUCAGCGCGCAGCACCCCCAGUACAGAAAACACCAAACAGUGGAGGCUGGCUCAGGUGGUUCUUCGGUGAAAAGGAAGAAGUUCCUCAGAUGACAAGGAUACCAGAUGACAAGCCUAAUUCUAUUGUCUGGGAUCAAAACCUGCACAGAUGGGUUGACGCAAGUCCCAUGCCCAAGACUGAGAACAAGCCUGUUCCACCUCCUCCCCCGAUGGGGAUGUAUCUGGGGAACUCUAGUCUCCCCAAAGGAGUGAAUCCUUACUCCAUGAAAGCAGCAGAUCAAGGAAGCCUAGGGGACAGGUAUCCCAAGCUAUUGUACCAUGGUGGGAUCACCACAUCGCCUCCAUACCAGGGUCCUGGAUCGCUCCCUGCCCAGCAUGCAACACUCAUGGCACCGAUGACUGUGCCAUUCGAUGUUGACAGGCAGAAACUUGGCCCAGGCACUCUACCCUUUUGAGAAUCGACACUGAACAAUCCUUCUGCAACGAUUUAUUUAAUUAGCUUUAAUAUACAGCAACACUUGGCUGAAGUUGCAGUGAUUUUUAAGUUAUUUAUUUUUGUCUCACAGGUCGUUUUCCAGGAGGGAUCAUUUGAUAUUUCAGCAUUUUAAAAGACAAAAUAAAAUAAGAUUUCGGGCUUUGAAAAGUUAUUACAAGUCUGUAUGUUCACGUAGCUUUGAUAUGUUUUCUGGCAUCCUUUACAAGCCCAUCGCUUGUGCACAUUUCUCUAUGUUACAUACUUUACAGAUGGGUAUAUUAUUUAUACAUAUGUUUUUCAAAAUAUAUUUAAAAAAUAAUUCAUCUAUUUCAUAAACAUAAUAUCAAAUGUAAAUAAAGUGCAUUUGAAAUUGUACACCAAAUAUUUCAAUAUAUGACUUUACUGCAGGCCUAGCGUUGUGGGUGGGCCUUAGGGAGCCAUGCUCGCCCUA